UGAUAAGGUCUCCAUCAAAAACUUGAAACCAAUCGACUGCGCUGAGUAUGCAACGUACGCCAACAACAAGAAAGCGCUACAGAAAGCCUUCUUCAAAGAAGCACUGGAAGAGCUCACUGAUGAGGUCAAAGAAGCGGGGGUGGCCCUACCAUUCCUACUUGAGGAGGCUCAACCAACACAGCCAAGCACAGCCGACCAUAUGGCCACUACAGUCGGAAGGAAACGCCAAUCAACUACCUCCAUUACUGCCAUAAUGGAAUCAUCUCAGAAAAACAGUGCUAAGAAGGCCAAAAUCGCCGGAAACACACCCAACCUGCCUGCUCCGAUGACGAAAGCGGCUCAAAAGAAGAAGAAAAAUGGUCAGAGAAAGUCACCCACAAGCCAAGACACCGAUGUACAUACCAACAACAACGACAACCACAUCUCAACGGAAGCGGUCUGUGCAGAGCACGAGCGGCAUAGUGGAUCAACCACACAAUCCCAGAGCACACAAACGUCACAAACAACAUCUACGACUGCGGAGCACGCAUUAGCUGGUGACACCAAUGCACAGGACACGCACGUGGACAAGAAUAAGAACAAUGAGAUGAACCAGUACAAGCACAACGAGAUGAGCAAGCACAAUGAGACACACGUACACACCUGCACGGGGGCUGACAGGGGCAGCGACAGCGACAGCGACAGCGACAGCGACAGCGACUUAGAACUCAGGUCAUCUGGGCUCUAUAGGAGGAAGGACAAUAAGGACGAUCAACGGGGUAUGUGUGCACUGGUUAACGUUUGA